CACUCGGUGUUUUGAGUUUGGCGCGGGUAGAGUGUGGCACUCUGCAGAUCGGAAUGGUUCAGCCGGUUGAAAACGAUCCUGCAGCACAGCCCGCUCCACUGCCGAACGGUGAAGUAGCGCCGGAGGCUCCGGAUGCGCCGGCCGCUGCACCGGCACCGGCUGCCGCCCCGGCGCCGGCUGCCGUUCCCGUCGUGGUCGCCCCUGCCGCCCCCGCCCCCGCCCCCGCCCACGCCGCCGCCGACGACGGUCCGCCGCCGCUGGUGGCAGCCCGCCUGCGCCGUCCGCCGGCCGGCCUGCCCGGUCCGAGGCGGCGGCCCGUGCUGCCGGCCGCCCAGCUGCUCGGCACCGAGUCCCGCACGUGCGAGCUGCUGUCCGGCCUACCGGCGGUGGAGCACGCGUGCCGGCGCGGCCAGCGCCAGCACCAGCGUCUCCUGCAGACCAACUGGGUCUACAGCAUGGUGUUCGUCUACUCGGCGUUCGUUUACAGGGCGGCCAUGAUGUCCCGGCGGUUCGGCGGCGCCUUCAUCGGGACAACGAUAGAUUCGUCGAUGUUCAACCUUCUCUCCUACAUAGUGUUCCGAUAUCCGUUUCUAAGGGCUCGGCCGGAGCAGAUGCGCACGACGACCAAGAACUACCUGCACGACAACCGUCGCCGGGGUGUGCUGGCCACGCUGUCGGUCACCGUGAUCACGGUCACCCUGCGGCCGGUGUCGUUCGCCUUCCAGCUGCACUCUCUGUUCCUGCGCGCCUGGAGCUGGGUCAUCGAGAGGAUCUCCGAGCUGCUAAACGACGACCGUCCGCUGUGGGAGGUGGAGCUGGCCGAGGUGGCCACCCUGUUCGUGGGACGAUCGGUGGCCCUCUUCUGGCGGCUGCCGUUCAACCUGUUCUACUACUGGGUGGCCGUUCCGCUGCUCAUACACCCGGGUCAGCUGUUCCGGUGGAUCCACGAGUCGCUGCAGGACAUCCUGGUGCCAGACCUGCCCGGCGGCGACGGGGUGGAGAUCUACGAGCUGCCAGAGCCAGAGGACGCCGACGAGCCCGACACACCCGGAGACGGACCCGCCGACGGAGAGGCGCCCGCCGAGGGCCAGGGCGCCCUGCACCCGGCGCCGGCGCCCGCCGAGGGCGCCGACCCCGCGCAGCCGGCUGGAGAUCAGAGCGAUCCCGAACUGUCACCAGACGUGAGCAAAUUCCACCUCGACUCCUUCCGAAGUCUGGACUCGCCCACCGUCCGAGAGCUCAUUUCUAAAUUUUCCGAAACCAGGGGUGCACCAUCAGAUGGCGAGGGCCGCCUAGCAGACGACCCUGCCGUUACGCCGCUGUCUGAUGCCAAGGGUCGGGGACGUCGGGCUGUGGAACUUCAGAGGCUGGAGCCGGCGGCGUAACACUAUAGUGAGCGGGUUAACCGAGUGAGCCGCCGUUUUAAAACCACCGCCCGUGGCUGGAACAGUAGCCUGCGAGUGUCAGCGAUAGCGAGCGGUUGUGUCUAACGACCAAAUUAGUUAUACUCCAUGCUGUGGAUGAAUCUCUCAAGGACAGUAUGUGGCUACAAGAGCUGUGUGGGCUUGGCGCAUGUGAUACGGUGAAGUGGUCGAUCGUUUUAAGAACUAGGUAAUGCAUGUUCCAGCGGAAUGUAUUUGGUUUUGUAUAAUUUAUCAUUGUUUACGUUGCAGGUACCGUCGUCGGUUAUUUGGCUUUGGUAUCAAAUAAAACACAAUUUUA